CCUAGAGGGCAAGCCGUCCACUCUCAACCCUACAGAAAUACGGAGUAUUUGAGGAAGUUUUUUUGUUCUUAUUCCGGCAAAGGGAAGAACGCAUUCAACAAGUCCCUAACCGCUGACGGCGCUAAGCAAGUCCGGGCCUGCCGCCGUCGACAUCUCUGCACCAAGUGCCCGCCCGCCGGGAGUAUGAGUUGCCGGGAAGUGCACUUGAGGCUCUGUAGUCUAAUCUCUGAUUCUCUCCGUACAUAUGCUGAACGUAUUCCUAGUUCAUUUACCAAAGAGAAUGCUAGGGACCUAUUGAUCGUUCUCUCCCAAGUUUGCUCACAAAUCAAGCUGUGGACGUCCGGAAUUGCAUCCGAAUCUGAUUCCGAUAUGGAAGGUUCUGGAGACUUUGAUUGUGUUAUUGAUUUUAGCAUUGUGAAUGGCUCUGAUACUGGAGGCCAUCUUUGUUUGUCCAAAGCCAUCAACGUCUUGACGAAGUUGCUGGCUCUUGACAAUCCAUAUGUACAACACUUAGUGGGUAACAAUCUGGUGGCAAUUUCUGAUUUCAUAAUUGCAUCUGGAAGUAGCUGGGGUGAAUUUAAGCUGUUACUUUCUCUCUUGAAAUUGGCUAUUCUUAGCUCUAUUCCAUCAUCUACUGGACCUAUAAGGGUAGAUGCCAAUUCAGCAGCUCCUGUUUCACCCAUCAAACUCCACCAUACGAGUGACAAUUGGUCAAAAGCAUCUGUAAUCAUUCAAGUUUUACGUAGGGUACUGAAGGGUUUGAAGCAAGAUGUUGAUGAUCACUUUCUAAAAGUGUUCUUGGAGUUGAUGAACUCAUUAAUUUCAAAAAUGCCAUGGGAUUUGUUGGAUGAGGUUUUUGUCAGAAAAACCAGUAAGGCUUCAGGAAGCCUCAAUACCGAUGGUGUGCUUCAAUUCCAAGAUGCAAAGCAAAACCCAGCAAUUAUGUUUCUUGGAGGUUUCAUACAGCUGUUCUGUUCCUUACUCGGGUUGUUAAGCCUUCCCAUAGAUGCUGUUACAGAUGAUUCACAAACACACACAAUUGUAACUGAGAUCAGGAGCAUCCUUCCCAGGCUCCUGGAUUGGUGCCUUGGGAAUUUUCAGAACAUCAGGAGUGUAUAUAUCUCUAAAUAUUACAAGCACAAGUUCCUGAUACUCAUGAUCAGGCUUAGCUCUACAAUCCAGUCGGAUUGUUCUGUUCUUCUUACAUGGCUGCAUUUUAUCCAUCUUCACUUUCAAGAUGAUUUAUGUCUACCAAUAGCUGGAAUGGAGUCUGACCAGGAUAACUGCCUUGAAGGCUCACCGUUUUGGGAAUAUGUUUCUGAUGCAGCAAAAGAGAACAUCUCACCCAGGCAUUUGCAAAGGCUGGCUAUUUUGCUUUUUCUAAGAUGUUCCUUCUGCUUGAUCAAUUCAGAGAGAAGUUGCCAAAACUGUGUAUCUACUGACCUUAAUUCUAGCUCUACUGGUAACCUGAAAUUUGAAGCACAAUGCUGCCCUAGAAUCAUAGGUUUCCAAGAGAUCCAUAAGUGGCUCCAACUCAUUUCUAAUGAUGAUGCUUUUUUGGACACCAAGAAAUGUGCUGAAUUUAUUCUUAGUUUUCAGUUGUCCUUCAUCCAGCUUUAUAUGCAUGAGGUUGUUUUUCUCUUAAGCGUUUCUUUUUAGGCUUUAGAUUUUUUUUAUAUAAAUAAUUAUGGAUAUCUAAUACAAGGUUUGCCAUUUAGGAUGAUAUUUUGUUUCAGAUGCUCCUGGAACUCCUCAGUGUCCCCCUUUUCUCUAGGGAAUGGUUUUUUAAAGAAGGAAUUCCAUCCAGAGACGCGAACGCAUCUUCCGUUGUUUUGGAUCUUUUUAACCCUAUACAUUUAUUUCACCAUUUUCUAGCAGUGAUUCACUAUGACCAUCAAGUUCUUCUUGAUUAUCUAAUCUCAAAAGAUACAGGAGCAAGUUCUGCUGAAUAUAUGCUAAGGUGCUUGCGUGUUAUUUUUAACUCGUGGAGCUUAUUUCAGAAUUUCCAAUGGAUUGUAAAAAAAGAAAUUCAAUUAUUCCAAAUGAGAAGAAAAACUUCAAUAGAUCAUAUGAAUUUUCACGGGGAGUUGUUCACAUCGGUGACGGAUGGGAUUUGUUUACCUGUAGAACAAAAUCAAAAGAAACCAAAACGAUGUGGCAUCAUUAACAGCAGAACUGAGAGACAGCCGUUUGAGUGUGCCAGUAAUUGUUUAUUGGAGCUGAGAACAUCUAUUGAAAGCCUCCAUCAAAAGAGUCUCUUUCCAUAUAACCCGCAAGUGCUGCUACAGCGAUUGUCAAGAUUUUGGGAGCUCUCCCAAGAGCAAUAGACUGUAAUUUCUUAU